ACACUAGUAUAAACAUAUUUGGUAUGUGUUUCAGGGUGGCGUGUUUGCUUGAAGUGUCUUAAGUAGUUUUGAAUUCGGAAAAGAUUUUGUGUUAGGUAAACUUUUACAACUUGUUAGCGGCACAAGCCGACAUUCAGUAGUUAUUAGUGUGGCUCUGUGUGGAGUCGAAGAAGGUGAGUUGAGACGUUUCUGACAUUUAUGGCCUUCCAUACUUGUUGGUCGCUCCCUUUUGGGUGUAAUACAGCCGAAAACACGACUUCAGAGGAAAGUCUACACGCCUCCUCCUGGCUUACCGCGCUUACUCGGUGCUUUUUAAACCAGGGCCAGUCCUUUGUGAAAGGGAAAGAAGAAGUAACCAGGAUGGCAUCCCAGCAAGGCGAGGAGCCAAUUAUUGGUCAAUCAGACUGUAGGUUGAAGAACAAGAAGCCACCCAGCCUGGUGAUUGCAAUCCCGCCUAGCGAGGAUCAAGAGAGAACUGUGAUGGAGGCACAGCCCUUAAGGCCAUCAGAAAAGAAAAGCGUCAGUAUGCGGCAGUCGACCGAGGCGUUGUCGGACAGCGAGACGAACGAGAGGAGAGCAGCUUUCCGCAGACAGACGUCUCUUUCUCAGAGCAUCCGCAGGAGCACAGCACAGUGGUUCGGUGUCGGUACGGACUGUGAAAACCAGCAGCAGCUGUGGCAGAGGAAGAGUCUACGCCACUGUAGCCUGCGUUACGGCCGCUUGAAACCUCAGUACAGAGACCAACAGGAAGCAGCAAGCAUCGACCUGGACUCGCCCGUCACUCAAAAGAUGCCAAAGAUUGUGGACCCUUUGGCCCGUGGACGUCAAUUCCGUUACGACGAUGUGGAACGGCCCAGGACGCCACAUGUUGCUCACGCUCCUGCCCCUCAGACCCCAGGUGUCUCCUCCCUGUGCUCCUACACCAGCCAGCGCUCUACUCACUCUCGGUUCCCACGUAGGAAGAGAGAGUCCGUGGCCCGCAUGAGCAUCCGCGCAGCCUCCAACCUACUCAGGGGUCGGCCCGGCCUGCAUGGCACCCAGGUGCCUCGAAGUAUCCCCCGGAGGAGUUUUGUUCGGCCCAGCUGGAUGGAGGAGGACACGGUGGACACAGCAGACACCUCCGACUCUGUCUUCUUUAGCAAGAUUGAUGCGCAUGAAGACUUUUACUCUAUGGCAGAUGAUGUGUUUGAGUCCCCGCCCCUCUCCGCUUCAUUGGCCGUGGAUGGUUUGGUCGAUGAAGCGGGACGCUACCCCAGCUUCAAGGAUAUCAGCCGAGCUCCAGCUGCAACGAUAAGCCCUGCCCUUAAGCGCGGAGGCCGUAUUGCGUCCCGAGUAAAGCACUUUGCCUUCGAUAAGCACAAGCGUCAGUAUGGCCUGGGCGUAGUGGGGAAGUGGCUGGACCGUCAAUACCGGCGGAGCCUGAGCAGCCAAGUGCAAAAACAGCUGGAUGGUUUCCACAGCCACAGACCUUAUUUUACCUACUGGAUCACGUUUGUGCACAUCGUCAUCACUCUGCUGGCCUGCUGUACGUACGGCUUCGCUCCGGUCGGAUUCGCCCAGCACACCAUCACUCAACUAGUGCUGAGGAACAAAGGGGUGUAUGAGAGUGUGAAGUAUGUUCAGCAGCAGAAUUUCUGGAUCGGCCCAGGAUCCGUAGACCUGAUCCACCUGGGAGCAAAGUUUUCACCCUGUAUUAGACGAGACUUAAGGAUAGCCGCUCGCAUGCAACGCGACAAGGAUGAGGAAAAAGAGUCGGGCUGCUGUGUGCAGAAUGAUAACUCGGGAUGUGUGCAGACACACCGGAGCGGCUGCUCGGAGUCAUUGGCCACCUUCAUCAAAUGGAACAAAGAGAAUGUCGAUAUCAUUCGUUCCUCAGGUGCGGUGUGCCAUCAGGACCCCAGGACAUGUCAGGAGCCUGCCUCAGCAGAGCCACACAUAUGGCCUGACGACAUCACGCGGUGGCCAAUCUGUACAGACGGAGGCACAUGGAACCACACGGGUUACAUGCACAUGGACUGCACCAUCAGGGGUCGUCCAUGCUGCAUCGGGACCCAAGGAAGGUGCGAGAUCGCCACGCGAGAGUACUGUGAGUUCAUGCAUGGCUACUUCCAUGAGGAGGCCACGCUCUGCUCUCAGGUUCAUUGUCUGGACAAGGUGUGUGGCCUGCUGCCGUUUCUGAACCCGGACAUUCCGGACCAGUUCUACCGGCUCUGGCUCUCUCUGUUCCUGCAUGCAGGUCUCCUGCAUUGCCUGGUGUCCGUAGUCUUCCAGAUGACUGUACUGAGAGACCUGGAGAAACUCGCUGGCUGGUUACGCAUCUCCAUCAUCUAUAUUCUCAGCGGGAUCACAGGAAACCUAGCCAGUGCUCUCUUCCUGCCAUACAAAGCAGAGGUGGGUCCAGCAGGUUCUCAGUUUGGUCUGCUAGCGUGCCUGUUUGUGGAGCUCUUUCAGGGCUGGCAGAUGUUGGAGAAGCCAUGGAAUGCCUUCCUCAAGCUGCUCGGCCUUGUUCUCUUCCUGUUCUUCUGUGGCCUGCUGCCGUGGAUCGACAACAUCGCCCACAUCUUCGGCUUCCUCAGCGGCUUGCUGCUGUCCUUCGCCUUCCUGCCUUACGUCACCUUCGGCACCUUCGACAAGUAUCGCAAGCGUGUGCUCAUCAUCCUGUCACUGCUCGUGUACUUGGGGCUGUUCUCCUCGCUCAUCGUCUGGUUCUACAUCUACCCCAUCGACUGGUAUUGGCUCGAGUAUCUCACCUGCAUCCCCUUCACCAGCAAGUUCUGCGAGCGAUAUGAUAACGACCCCAUCGGCCACUAACACGCUAGAAGCUUUGCUCAUUCUCUAGAACUGCAAUAUUGACCAUGUGGUGCACUGGCAUGCUUGUGGUCAUGCUAGUCCAGGGAACAGUAUUGCAAGGUAAAACAUUUCUGGAAACCAAGUACUGUAAAGAACCAAUAAGAAGUAAGGGAUUAGAAAAGCCGGAUUUACAGAUGCUACACUGAUACUACUGCUGAUGUUUUGGUGCAUUAUCAGGUGACGGUUACUCCUGAGAUCCACUGGUUUUGUGCAAGACUUCUACUGCAGGAGUUUUAGGUACAAUGUUUAUAAUCCUGCACAAAUUUCCUAUUGACACUAAAUACUACAUCAGGGUACAUCUCUGUCAACCUUGCCUUAAACUAGCGUUUUAUUAAUUUCGCACAUGGGUGCCAUGUUCUUGCACUGUAGAGGUUAAUGAACGAUACCUUUUGUGUCCAUAUGUUCAGGUUGAAGCGAUACUCCAGCGUUAUUUAACCUAAUCUCUAUCUACCAUAUAUUAAGCUGUGAAUCUUUUCCAGAGGAAGGUAUUUAUGGUAAUGCAUUACCAACAUAGUCGUGUGGGUCUGAGCGGAAAGCAUAAAUAACAAAUGACUCAUUUUAUUUUUUACACUAUACCGCUCCAUUGUUGGAAGGUCAACAUUGAUAAGGUUGGCGUUAAUUGUUCAUUCAUCUGCAGUAAUUGCCGCCGGUCGUGGUGGAUCACAGGAACACUCCGAAUGAGGCGGGAAUACACCCUGCAUGGGUUAGUCCAUCACGGAGUUUACAUCCAUUCGCACACUCAUUCAGACAUCAGGGAGAAGCUGGAAGAAACCAUGGACAUGUGGAGAACAUGUGAAACUCCCACAUGGACAGUAACCCAAGCUUAGGAUCCAACUGGGGAACGUGGAGGUGUGAGGCAACGGUGCGACCCGCUGCACGACCGUGCUGUUGGCCGUACACUUCCUACACUUUCCUUGCCACUGGGGUGGUACUCUCGAUGGAAUAUAUUUUGUACAUAAUGUAUUGUUCUAAGACUUGGAAUUGUUUUAAACGUUCACUACACUUACAUUACCAUGUAAAAGAUGCGUACAGAAGAUGCACCCUUGAGGGUACAACCCCAGUGAUAAGAAAACGUGCAGAUUAUAGUACUUUUUAUGCCUCCACCACUAGGUGGUGGAUUUUUGAAUUGAUCCAAAGUAGGGUCAGGGUCACAGCAAGGUCAGAUUCCUGCAGUAGUUUUUCUUUUUCUUUCCCCCAAUAGCUUCCUUCCUGUUUGCCAAACAGUGAUGAUACUUACACGUUCAUAUACAGGAGCUCAAGGCCUAUUUUCUGGCUAUCUAUGAUUUUUGCCAAUAGUCUGUCCACCAGUCAGUCCAAGAUUCUUGUUACUGUGAAAUAUCAAGAACGAGCGGUUGAAGGUUCUGUGGAAUUACCAUUGUAGCCUGCAGAUGACCGAUCUAAACUUGAGUAAAGGUCACGGCAGGGUGAAAUGUCUGAAAUAAUUAUUCUUCAAUAGUUUCCUUCCUGUUUGUCAUACAGAGCUGUUACUUGCAUAGGAACUGGAAGCUCAUUUUCUGACUGUCUAAAAUUUUUGCCGUUGGUGCGUCUACUCGCAUGUCCGUCUGAGAUUCUCCUUAGCGGGAUGUCUCGAGAUCUAAUGGUUGAAUGUUUGUAGGAUAUAUGUGGAAUUAUUUUAACCAGGAGAUGAACUGGUAACAUUUUGGAAUUGAUCCAAGCAGGGUUAAGGUGACCGCAAGGUCAGGAUUUUCUUCAAUAGUGUCCUUCCCUUUUUGAAGAAUAUUUUAAGGGGGUUUCAGGCAUACAAAUUAGUAACGAGUACGACCAGAGUCGUUGGCAGCAGAGCUCUCCCUGUCAACACUGUGAGUGUCUGAGAGUGCAAGAACUCUUAGUUUUAUAGAUUUGUGUUAAAUGGAAAUGUGACACGUGAAGUAAAAGCCCAUGCAGUGCAUUUUCAGUGGUACGAGAUUAGGUUGAAUAACACUGGGGUAUCCCUAUAAUGUUUUUUUAUGUCAUGUCCAUGUUUAGCUCUUAUGACACCAGGGUUUGUUACUACUACUACGCCAACUUCUUAUACCUACUGCGCUACCUUGCCUUUUUGUCACCUGGGACCGAGAAUCGCAAAGACCCCACAGUGACAUAGUUGCCAGUUUAUUAGGUACACUGUAUGGCCAAAGGUUUGUGGACGCUUGAGCCUCACACCAGUAUGGGCUUGUUGAACAUCCUGUUCCAAAUUUAAUCCCUGCUUUGCUGUUCACUACCUUCACUCUUCUGGGAAGGCUUUUCACUAGAUUUUUAGAGUGUGGCUGUGGAGACUUGUAUGCAUACAGCCACAAGAACACGGAUGUUGGGUGAGGAGGCCUGGGGUGCACUCGGCAUCCCAGUUCAUCCCAAAGGAGUUCGUUGGGAUUGAGGUCAGGGUUCUGUGCAAGCCACUCGAUUUCCACUACAACCUUGGCAAACCAUGUCGUCACGGACCUCACUUUGUGCACUAGGGCAUUGGUCAUGCUGGAAAAGGUUUGGGCCCCUUAUUUCCAGAGAAGCAAAAUCUUAAUUCUACAGCAUACAAAGACAUCCUAGACACUUUUGCGCUUCCAACUUUGUGACAAACGUUUGGGGAAGUCCAGCAUAUGGGCGUGAUGGUCAGGUGUCCACAAACAUUUGGCCAUAUAGUGUACUAGUUUAUUGUACUUCUGUAAAUGAAAAUCACUUAUCACAGGCUUCGGCUUGUUCUUAGGUUGUUAUGUUGUAUUAUAUAAUUAUUGGAAAUGAUAUCAGGGGCCUUCAGAAAUAUAAAAGUUAACUUUAGUCAAAAGAACUAAAAAUGCUGACAGUGAAUUGAAGCUAAUGGGAUCUUGUUGGCGUGAUGGUAUAAUAAACUGGCAGCACAGUGUAUACGUGUACCGUAAUAAAAAUCUCAUAUUACAGUAACAACAUAUUUCCUCAGGUUUUGAUAUUAUCAUAGUGUUAUAUUUGAUCAAAAAAAAAAAAAAAGCGCCAUAUGUUUAUCUGUUCUCACUGGGUAGCUUUUUAACCAGAAAGGACUCAUUCCCUUCAGGAUACAGGUCUAUUAGCGGCCAUUGUUUAUAACACUCUUGAGUGUGAGAGAUGUAUACUCACAAUUGUUCCCUAGCUUCUCAGAUUAGUAGCAAUAGUAAGACCUUAAAAUGUUCACUACAGUGUUGUGCUUUGCCGGAAUUUUGCUUCAUAUUGUCAAACCAAUUGUCGUCACUUCUAUACCACAGCACUGUUCGACUCUGACGGUAGUUUUCGGCUGCGAGGUUUAUAUUAACGUGCUUGUUCUAACGUGACGUCGUUUCCAUAGUAACAACUUCCACAGGGAGUCGUAUGGCGGACGCGCCGCGUAAAUGUAGUAGUUAAUGCUGUUCCUUUAAAUUUUCUGACAUGACGUCAGGGUGGAGGUUUACUGUUUCUUGGUUUAAUUUAAUAGAGAGAGAGAGGAAGAAAAAAAAGCCAUUUGAGGGAACAACUGUUUAUCGCUGUUAUGAUGUAAUUGUUAACAAGAACCUGUUUUGUGAAUGAUCCACAACAUAACGUGACUAUAAAUGGAUAAAAAGUCCCACUUGUUGAUUUUGUAAUGAAUAAAACAUUGUUCGCGUUGGCAAAUUGCUGUGGUAGAAGUGGAAUAAAGCACUUUUUAUUAUUGGAAAAUGAUCAACUUCAGGGUUGUACCAUGACAUGGUUGUUGAUUUUAUUUUCCUAUAACAUCACGCCACGACCUGUUUAAUCCCUUACGUCUAUGUCCGUUACGCAGUUUUAUUGUAAUUUCUCUGAAAAUGAGCGAUUUGUUUCUUAUAAUGAGGAAAUAAUGAUGUUAUUGUGAUAUGAGGCAUCCUUAACUCUUAAUGUAUUUUGAUUAUGAAAUGUAGUCCCCGAAGGUUUUCACAGAUAAUAUUAGCUGAGCGUUCACAACAUUCCGGACAUUCAGAACGUCAACGGUCCAGCAUUCUCACCCAGGUCUGGCGAGGAGACACUGUGGCCUUGAUACGUGCCUGGAUUAUAGACAGAGAGAGGAGAGACCAAUGACUGAAAUGAAUUAUAGCCUGAUUGUGAUGAUCUCACAACGGGAGGCUUUGAUUAGUCAUAUUCUAAAGCAAAGCCGGAUUAGUGUCCGCUAUCCAACACGUCCGAUGACUGAAGACGCACCGCAAUUUGACCGUCGUACAGGAGAACUGGAUUUUCCAGCUCGUGUCAUAUGUUCCUGAUUGGAGCAGACCAAAAAAAUGGUAUGUCCUGUUUGUGGCCUAUGAAGCAGCACUUGACUUCUUGGAUGGACUCAAAAGUUUACAUAACAAGAGUUUCAAAUAACCCGAACGUAUUGUUUUAUACGUGUCAUUAUCACUUUUGUACAUUUAAAAAAAUCAAACUGCCGUUACAUUUUAGGUUUUAAAUAAUAUUUUCUACUUUAAUAAAAUUGUACUGUGCCUUAUAAAUACAUAAACAAUAAGGGAGUGGAUGAUCUUUACGGAUUUUUUUUUUCGAUAACCUGAAAAUGUAAUGUUGUGCAUUGAAUGUACUGGACCAAACUUCUGUACUUUAUCAACUGAUUCAUGGACUUUUUCUGUUAUAUUUAUAUGAACAACCAAACAUUAAAUUUUCUUAAAAUAAAUGUCAUGUUACUACACUA